AUUUUCCACCAUUUCAAAUAUCUGCCCUUAGGCUGGUGGGAAAAGGCCAUUCAUCUUCUUCCCUUACCUCCCUCCAUAGCCGACCAAGGGGAGAGAGAGGAGGGUUAGAGCGGCUUCGGAGGUGAAAAGUCUUUCACCUAAACCCUAAUCUAUCUCUCUCUCUCUCUCUCUCUCUGAUUUUCUUUCUCUUUAUCGGAGAUAUCCUCGAUCUAGGGUUUCAUUUAUAUAUAUAGUCCAAUCAGUCAAAUAACGAGAAAGUUACAAGGAAAUAGAAAUCCUGAAUUUGGUGAGAUGAGCAGCCAGGUGAUGCCUCCUCAUCCCAAGAGGACUAGUUUGAGUCAAAAGCGAGGACCGUCGACGGUCAAGAAAUCCGUGCAGUCGGAUAACGGGAGCGCCGCUAAUGGAAAUCAAUCUAAGCCUUCUUCUCCUCCCCAGACGUCUGUUGGAGGGGAGAGGACGGUGAAGAAGCUUAGGUUGUCAAAAGCACUCACAAUUCCGGAGGGGACAACUGUGUCUGAUGCCUGCAGGCGUAUGGCAGCUCGCCGUGUUGAUGCAGUUUUGUUGACUGAUGCUAAUGCUUUGCUUUCAGGAAUUAUUACUGACAAGGAUAUUGCCACCAGGGUGAUUGCAGAAGGAUUGAGGCCAGAGCAGACGGUAGUAUCAAAGAUAAUGACACGGAAUCCUGUUUUUGUAACUUCAGAUACAUUGGCAAUCGAGGCUCUUCAGAAGAUGGUCCAGGCAAUUCAGCAUCUGCCUGUUGCAGAGAAUCACAGUGAAAUGUCUGCAAUGAUGCAAUCAGAUGGAGCAGAAACUGCAAAGCAAUCAUAUCCAUCCCUUGGUCUUGGAAACUCAUUUGCCUUCAAAUUUGAAGAUCUUAAGGGUCGUAUGCAUCGAUUUAAUUGUGGAACCGAGAGUUUAGAGGAGCUGAUAUCUGUUGUUGUGAAAAGACUUGGGAGCAGUGAUGAUCAAGGUCACCCUCAACUUCUGUAUGAAGAUGAUGAGGGUGAUAAAAUUUUACUCACAACUGAUGGCGAUCUCAUCAGUGCUGUUGGCCAAGCAAGAUCAACUGGCCAGAAGGUUUUAAAUUGCAUUUGGAGUUUCUCAGUUCAAGCAUGCAAACUUGCCCGCAGACAAGGACAACUACCAUGGAAAAGAGGAUGGUUGUCUAUGAACACAGGUAUCUUGGCUAGUGCAACUGUUCUAACAAGUAUUGGUGUGCUAGUCUACUUAAAACGCUCGCAGCUAUGAGGUUAAAGCCUUAUAUGAAUAAAAUAUGCUGGAUCACAAUCGGGGCCAUACUACCAGCAUUGAGAAAUUUUUGUCCUUGAAACGAUGGUACAGAAAGCAACUACUGCUAAUCCAAUGCAAAUUACAAUCAUAGACUCUAGAAAAGUCUGAUAUAGUGGACCAAUACAUGAAAAUGAGCAUGGGAAAAGGAAGAUCAUGCUAGACUUUUUAUAUUUAUUUGCUUAGAUGACGAAAAGUGGAAUAUGGAAUGCCCUGAUCAUGAACACGGUUUUGGGUUAGGAAGCUGAAGGAGAGAACAGCUUGUGCUGGUGGUGGAGAUGGAGGGGGAGGUAGAGAUGUUUUUAGUACCCUGACAAGGUAGAGCUUACUUGCAUAUCAUUUUACAUGUAUCUAACAAAUGAGUUCUUCCUGUUAUGCUUCCUAUACUAAAACAAAAAAAAUUAUUAUCAAUUUUUAUCCAUGUCGAUGGCGGUCUACAGUUAAAAGCA